AUGGAAACCUCAGUGAUACCCGUCGCGGAGAAUCUCCCUAAUAGCAUGGUCAAAUCUCGUUCUUUGGACGAUCUGAGUACCGAUGUUCUGAUUCUCAUCUUCGAAGAGCUUUAUAAUACAUGGGGGCCCUCGGCCAUGGCCUCAGACGCCUUUCAAAGUCUGCGUCUCAUCUCUCGAAAGAUGAACAUGAUUACAACCCCGUUUCGCUACCGCCAGAUCCAGCUCAGCCCUAAGCUUCUGGAAAAUCCCAUGGGAUCUAGUGCUAUUCUGAAUGUAAUUGCACACACCAGACACCUAGUGGUGACGCGUCCUUUGGACUGGGAGCUAGUAGCAAGAGUGCUGUCAGCCUCUGCAUGCAUUCAGUCUCUCACGUGGCGGUAUGAUGAGCGCACUUGGCAGCCAUUUCCAACGGCCAUUCGAAGCCUUGUAGUUUCGAAACGCCUUCGUCUCAAGAUUGAUAAGCUGGAUAACGCGCUUGAAAAUCUGGAUUCAAUUCCUGCUUCACAAGUUGUCGAUAUCCGUGUGGAUUUACAUGACGAAGACUUCCUGCUGGUCAAUAAUUUUCUCGUUGAGUCCAAGAACCUCGAAUCCUUGUCAUUAUGCAGUAUAGACCAGUGGCCUGACCCAGAUGUCGGGAGACUCGCACCCAUCCAAACGCUCAGGGUAUCUUCGUUCGGGAUGUCCUGGCCUUAUUCCGCCGAAGAAACUGAUCGACUGUGGGACUUUUCAAGAUUGAAACACUUGGAAGUCACCUUACCGUGCUUACAUCGCUUCUUACUCUCGGUGGCGCCUCAUAAGUUUGUCCAUUUAAAGAAACUCGAAAUGAGUGAGGUGUUUGAGCACCAAGACCAUCAAGCAGAAGUAACGAAGCUACUUGGGAAGUUGGUUGAGAGCGCUCAAUGUUUGGAAGAAAUUGCGAUUCCCUGUUUCCUGGAUCAUUUUGAUUUCUCCUCGAUAUUAAAACAUAGAUCACUGCAAGCUCUGAAGCUGCGCAAGUUCCAAGAACCAGACCCCGAAGAUGAGCCAACAAUUCGUCGGACCUUGUCGGUACAGCAAUUGCACUUACUGCAAAGUUCCUGCCCCUUUCUUAGAAGAUUGGAUUUGGACAUAAAUCUCAAGGAGUGCGAGCCUUACCAAUUCAUCGAUGCCGUCGCUCAGUUUCGAAAUCUCGAUAGCUUGAAACUCACUACACUCACGCUCUUAGAUGAAAACGAAGAGAAUAAUGAAGGCAGAGACGUGGAUUUAGAAUUCUUCCAGGAUGCAAUUAUGCGCCUACAGGACCACAAGUGUGGCAGACCAAUGCUUCAAGUGACUGUCCAUAUCAGAACAUUGGAAUAUUCCGAUACAGCGCUCGCAGAACAUUUAGCGUUUCAUCGACGACUCUAUGAAAUCGAUAGAGAACCCAGAGUUUUAAUCUUUAAUUGGAGGAAUGGCAAGAUAAGGACCCGUUCAUACAAUUCCAGCCAUAGAAGAAGAUAUCGUAGGAGAUAA